AUGGACGCAAUCAUACGAACCGACAUCAUGCACGAUGAAGUCGACGAACAACACUACCCAGCAUUUGUCGUUGACAAACCUUCCGAAGCUCCCUCGAUGCAAGACUCGGCAUACUCAUCCCCACGAGAACCAUCCUUAUGGCUCUCAUCGGAGAGUAUGAGCGAUAGCUGUAGCGGCACAUGGUCUUCUCCUACUCCGAGUGCCACCUACUCUCCCUCUCCACGACCAACAGACUACCGCAACCACUAUUCUGCAUGGUUACAAGCAAACUCGGGACAUGACAUGCAGCCUUUCACCUCGCUGAUACAAAUUCAGGGUCAGCCUGACGUUUCUGCAUACUAUUCGCAAGAGCUCGCUUGCCAUCCUUACUACCAGGAUCAAUACUUCCAGCCUCAAGUCUCCGAGGGUGAAGCACUGGAGACUUUUGGUCUAGGAGGAUGGGCGGCAACGGAGGAUUCUCAAGUUCAUCCAGAGCAUAUCAUGGAGUCAUCGCCAGCCCCUUCAUCCGAAAUCACACCUACCAUCGAGUCUUCCAACAGUUCGUCGAUAAAACCCAACCCUUCUUUCAUCAAGCAAGAGGAAGCCGUGGAGUAUCAGCAUAUCUGCCCAAAUACAUCUCCAAGAAAACAACAAGCCAACAAAGCAAAGACAGCAUACCCCUGUCCUUUUCUUCCUUACGGCUGUCCAGCAUCCUUCUCUUCCAAGAACGAGUGGAAACGCCACCUCAACACACAACAUCUUUCCCUCAGCACAUACCGUUGCGACCUUUGCAUCCCCAAACCCUCUGCCUCUUCCACUCCACCACAAACAAACGACUUUAACCGUAAAGACUUGUUUAUUCAACAUCUACGCCGCAUGCACUGCGAGAACUCGUCAGAAUCCACGAUCUCGGUCUCCAGCAUGAAGACGGCAAGAUACAACUGUAUUCCGAUUUCCAAUACGCCCGAGUCGCUGUCCGAACAAGCUGAUCGCUGUUAUAUCGCACCGCCCUCGCCUCCUACUUGCACACAAUGCAUCUUUUGCUGUUCUACGUUCUCAGGAUCGCAGGCUUGGAUCCAGCGUACCGAACACAUCUCGCGUCAUCUUGAGAGACUGCGUCGGGAUGGUCUAGAAGUGCCCAAGGUGGAGCAAUGGAGAAGGGAUGUUGAGCUUGAGAGAUGGUGUUUGGAAAUUGGUGUGCUUGUGCUUCAUCGUGGGAGGGAUGGUGUGGGAAGGGUCCGUGUCAAGAGCGGAAGGAGAGUGUGA